AUGGGUUUAGCUGACAAAGUUACAUUCUCAAGCGAUAAACUGCGACUUGACGUAUCGAUUGUUCGAGGUUGGUUUGAAGCCCCAUUAAACGAAAUAGUUGCCCAUGUUAAACAUCUCCUUGUUGAAAGAAAAAUGAAGUAUGUGCAGAGAAUAUUACUCGUUGGUGGGUUUGGGGAAUGCCAGCUUGUUCACGAGGAAAUGAAAAGAAAUAUUCCGAACAAAACCAUUAUAAUACCCAAUGAGGCUGGUCUUGCUGUACUUAAAGGAGCGGUUCGGUUCGGACAUAUGCCUAAUGUUGUGUCUUCCAGAGUAAUGAAGUAUACAUAUGGCGUUUCAGUAGUGAGAAUCAAUGUUAAAGAAUCACUUCCUGAUUCUGAUAACGAGGACAAUUAUUCAUUAACAAACAAUUGUUCAGAGAGUGACGACUCUAGCGAUAUUUCAUUCAAUGAUCUCGAAGCCGUAUACAGCUCGGGGUCAGAUGAUGACUUCAACGAAUUUGAUUUUGGUAUGAGGUUCGGCAGAAGUCAGCGCUGUCGCGACGGCGGUAGCCAAGGUGAUAACCAGUCGACUGCGGAUAAAGAGUCAGAUGAAAAUGUUAUUCAUAACGUUUUUGACAAGUUUGUUGAAGUAGGAGAUGGACAUCCUGUUGGUCACGAAGUACGUAGAGUUUAUAUUCCAACGAAUCCUCGUAUGGCGGAGAUAUCCGUUUAUUGUACCAGCGAUCCCUAUCCACAGUUUGUUACUGACCCAGGUUGCGAACAGCUUGGCGUUCUGUCAAUAGAAUUCCCAGACGGAGAAACCUGUGAAGACAACAAAAAUGAGGUUACAUUGAUAUUUGGUGAUACGGAGCUUGUUGUUAAAGCGAAAAUCUUACGCACGGGGCUUGAAUUUUUCACAAAGAUUGACUGUCUUAAAUAA